AUGGCGCCCUCGCUGGUUUCCCUCAUCAUGGGCCGCCAGCAGGGCGAGCUCAUUCGCCUCCACGACCAGAAGCUCGGCAACACGGGCAGCGAGCCCAUCGCGCUGUGGAGCAGCCGUGACGCCCUGGAGCUCCACCGCUCGCUGAGCAGGAGGCCGAGGGGUAAGCAGGGGGGCGGCACCUGGCGCGCCAGGCUCCGUGGCCGCAGGCGGAGCGGCUCGGUGGUGCCGGUCGGCCUCACCGACGCCGUGGUGCCCGGGCCGCCCGCGGAGGCGCCCCUGCCGCAGGCGCUGCGGGGUCCCUGGGCGCCCGCCGCGCCGCGCACGGCCACGGAGGCCUCCCGCGCGCGGCUGGAGGCCGCGGGCCCCCCGGAGGGGAGCCCUUUCCAGCGCACCAGCGCGCUGGUGGGCGACGACGAGUGGGCCCCGCUGCUCAUCGCCUCCUUCUUCUCCCCGAUCGAGGGCGUGGAGGGGGAGUGCCGCCAGCAGGAGCUGGAGCAGCGGAAGGCGGCGCUCCUGUCGCUGCUGCCGCGGGCGGAGCGCGGCGCCCGGGGCAAGUGA